UCAAGGCCGCUUUAGAGCCUCCUCUCGUCUAAACUUGUUCACAAACUCUGUCAAAAGGUUUAUACAGAAGGAUAUGAGAGCUUCUCCGGCCUACCAUGACUGCUGGAUUCAAUCAUGGGCGAUAAUCAGUUACAGACCAGUUUCUCUGUAACUCUGAUCUUUCUGAAUGAGAAUGACUUGAAGCAAGAUCUGCCGAUUUCCAGUCAACAUCAGGAGCUUAGACUUCAGAUCCGCGGAGAGGCUGACGACAUCUGUCUGACCGUUAAUAACGAUGCUGGCGUUUGUGUCUUUAAGUUCUCCAUCACGAGGGACACAGAGUGUUGUCGGGUGGCCACGCGCUCAUUCCUCAUCACUCUGGGCUGUUUCAGUAUCAUCAUGCGCUUCAGCACCCAGUCAGAGUUUGAGGUCUUCCACAGAAUGCUGCGCUCAUGGCACGAGCUCAGGAGACAUCAGCCCGUGUUUCAGCAGAGGACAGACGGUUCUUCUGCACUGCAGUACUUCCAGUUCUAUGGCUGUCUGUCCCAGCAGCAGAACAUGCUUCAGGACUAUCUCAGGACUGCAACCUACCAAAAAGCCAUUUUGCUCAACGAUGUUGACUUCAGAGAUAAAGUGGUUCUGGAUGUGGGCUGUGGAACAGGGAUAUUGUCCUUCUUUGCCGUCCAGGCCGGGGCUAAGAAAGUGUACGCGGUGGAGGGCAGUUCUGUGGCCAAAUAUGCAGAAAUUCUAGUUCAAACCAAUAACUUGUCCAACAAAAUCACAGUUUUGUCAGGAAAGAUUGAGGAAGUUUGCUGCCCAGAGAAGGUGGAUGUGAUCAUCUCAGAGCCCAUGGGCUACAUGCUGCUCAACGAGAGGAUGUUAGAGAGCUAUCUGCACGCCAAAAACUGGUUAAAACCCAAAGGCAUGAUGUUCCCGACUCAGGGUGACAUUCAUCUGGCUCCUUUCACUGAUGAACAACUCUACAUGGAGCAUCACGCCCGCUCCCACUUCUGGAAUCAGAGAUGUUUCUAUGGUGUGAACUUGAGUGGGCUUCUUUCUUCUGCUGUGGAUGAGUUCUUCAGACAGCCAAUAGUUGACACAUUCGAUAUGCAGGUUCUCAUGGCCAGGUCUGUGAAAUACACAAUCAACUUUCUAGAGGCAAAAGAAGAAGAUUUACACCGGUUGGAAAUUCCUUUUGUCUUCAAACUGCUGCAGUCAGGGCUGAUUCAUGGACUUGCUUUUUGGUUUGAUGUGGCCUUUGUUGGCUCAAGGAUGACAGUAUGGCUGUCCACUGCUCCAAAUGAGCCUUUGACUCAAUGGUAUCAGGUACGCUGUCUUCUGCAGACCCCUCUGUUUGCUAAAAUGGGACAGACGUUAUCUGGACGGGUUCACCUAAUAGCAAACAAGAGACAAAGCUAUGACAUUCACAUCACUGCUGUGGUUGAUCAGUCUGGAUUCAAAUCUGGGAACUCACUGGAUUUGAAAAAUCUUUUUUUUCGGUACGCCUAAAUCAUCGUUCUCAUCAUUUAUCCGAUCAGCCUAAAUGAAGACUGCAGGUCUAUCACUCAGCAUUGCAGAUAAAAUCUAUGAAGGUUCUGUGUGCAUGUGAUAUAGCGAUAUAUGAUAUUUGUUAAUAAAAACAAGGUGACUGAAUGAAAUUGUUUUAUUUCCAUAGCUAUAAUCUUUAAUUAAUUUGUUUUACUUUAAACGGAUAGUUCACCCAAAAACUUAAUUUAGGCUUUAAAUCACAUAUAACAUCAACGCACAUACAUAAAGCACCUAAAAUAUGGUCAACGGAAGCUCAACCAUACUUGCUUGAAGCACAAGAACAAACCAUAUGAGAUAUGAGAAGACGUGAGACACGUCAGAACAAACCUCAUUUGUUCUUGUGUAUCCAGCAAGCAUGUUUGAACUUUCAUUUAUCAUGUUUGAUAAGCUUUAAGUGUGUUAUCCUGACAUCUGUUGAUUGUAUGAACACUUCUAAUCCAAAUAUGCUGAUUAUGGAAAUGUGUGUAAAUGUGUGUUUAACAAAUAAAAAAAGUAUAACAUAUGUAUGAAAAUGUAAAAUGUAAAAAGUAUGAAAAAUAGCUACUUUCUAUAGAUGGUAGUUACCUCUAAAUCCUGUAGGAUUACAAAGAACAUGUCCAUAAACACUUUCAGUUGAAAGACUGGGAUUAAGUAAAAUAAUUU